AUGUCGGCGCUCAACGUCCCGGCCCAGUUCAACCUCCCGUCGGCCGCGCGGGGCAAUGCCAAGCGGAAUGGCGAAUCGGAGCGCCGCCCAACAGCGAUGUGGGGUGGAUCUCGCGCCAGCCACCGGCCCACCGAGCUGCGCAUCUUCGAAGGCAUGCGGCGAUCGACGGACGUCCUCAGCGGGCCCACAUCCUCGUCGGGGGCGGCGAAAGCAUUUGGAGGCGUGGCGACGACGGGGAAGAAGGGCUUCCGGCGGGUGACGCAGAUGAUGUUCGAGCGCUUCACGGAGAAGGCGAUCAAGGUGGUGAUGCUGGCGCAGGAGGAGGCCAGACGGCUGGGGCACAACUUCGUGGGCACGGAGCAGAUCCUGCUGGGCCUGAUCGGGGAGUCGACGGGCAUCGCGGCCAAGGUGCUCAAGGGGCUGGGCGUGAACCUGAAGGACGCGCGCGUGGAGGUGGAGAAGAUCAUCGGCAGGGGGAGCGGGUUCGUGGCCGUGGAGAUCCCCUUCACGCCGCGCGCCAAGAGGGUGCUGGAACUGGCGCUGGACGAGGCGAGGCAACUCGGUCACAACUAUAUAGGGACGGAGCACAUCUUGCUCGGGCUGCUCCGCGAGGGCGAGGGCGUGGCGGCCAGGGUGCUGGAGACGCUGGGAGCCGACCAACAGAGGAUCCGGAGCCAGGUAAUCCGCAUGGUUGGCGAGAGCCAGGAGGUCGUUGGGGCUGGUGUUGGCGGUGCAUCAACUGGCAGCAACAAGAUGCCCACUCUUGAGGAGUAUGGGACGAACCUCACCAAACUUGCGGAAGAGGGCAAGCUGGACCCGGUCGUUGGCAGGAAAAACGAGAUUGGCAGGGUGAUCCAGAUCCUGGGUCGCCGCACAAAGAACAACCCCUGCCUCGUUGGCGAGCCAGGUGUUGGGAAAACUGCUGUUGUGGAGGGCCUUGCGCAGAAGAUAGCCGCGGGCGAUGUGCCAGAGACCAUCGAGGGCAAGACGGUCGUCACUCUGGACAUGGGCCUGCUUGUUGCGGGAACCAAGUAUCGUGGCGAGUUUGAGGAGCGGCUGAAGAAGCUGAUGGAGGAGAUUAAGCAGAACGACGAGAUAAUAUUGAUGAUCGACGAGGUGCACACUCUGAUUGGUGCUGGUGCAGCUGAGGGUGCCAUCGAUGCCGCGAACAUCCUGAAACCUGCGCUGGCACGCGGUGAGCUGCAGUGCAUAGGUGCCACCACCCUGGAUGAGUAUAGGAAGCAUGUUGAGAAAGACCCUGCACUGGAGAGGCGUUUCCAGCCUGUCCAGGUGCCAGAGCCCACUGUAGAGGAAACAGAGCAGAUCCUCAAGGGGCUGCGCGAGCGGUAUGAGGCCCAUCACAAGCUCACAUACACGGAUGAGGCCCUUGAGGCGGCAGCGCAAUACUCGUCACAGUACAUCAGCGACAGGUUUUUGCCCGAUAAAGCCAUCGACCUUAUCGAUGAGGCUGGGUCCAGAGUCAGGCUGAGGCAUGCCCAGUUGCCGGAGGAGGCACGUGAUUUGGACAAGGAACUCAGGGCACUGCUGAAGGAGAAAGAUGCGGCUGUCAGGGGACAAGAUUUUGAGAAGGCAGGCCAGCUGCGUGACCGUGAGAUGGAGCUGAAAGCAAAGAUUCAGGCCAUCACUGCGGGCUCCAAGGAGGGUGAGGAGGCUGAGGCUGAGAGCAGUGACACUGGCGGCCCAGUGGUGACUGAGUCAGACAUUGCCACCAUCGUUGCUCAGUGGACUGGAAUCCCUGUGGAGAAGGUUUCCAGUGACGAGACAGAAAGGCUGAUUAACAUGGAGGACACCCUGCACAAGCGCGUGAUUGGCCAGGAGGAGGCAGUCACUGCCAUCUCCCGGGCCAUCCGCCGUGCCCGCGUCGGCCUCAAGAACCCCAACAGGCCCAUCGCCUCUUUCAUAUUCUCAGGCCCCACGGGUGUUGGCAAGUCUGAGCUCGCCAAGACGCUGGCCGCCUACUACUUUGGCUCAGAGGAUGCGAUGGUCAGGCUGGACAUGUCCGAGUUCAUGGAGAGGCACACUGUGUCCAAGCUGAUCGGCUCCCCGCCUGGGUAUGUGGGCUACUCCGAGGGAGGCCAGCUGACAGAGGCUGUGCGCAGGCGGCCAUACACGGUCAUCCUGUUUGAUGAAAUCGAAAAAGCGCACCCCGAUGUCUUCAACAUGAUGCUCCAGAUCCUGGAGGAUGGCCGGCUCACCGACUCCAAGGGCCGGACUGUGGACUUCAAGAACACGCUGCUGAUCAUGACCAGCAACGUGGGCAGCAGCGUCAUCGAGAAGGGCGGUGGAAAGAUCGGCUUCCAGCUGGACGUCGAUGAGGAGGACAGCAGCUACAACCGCAUCAAGACACUCGUGAAUGAGGAGCUGAAGCAAUAUUUCCGACCUGAGUUUCUCAACCGCGUGGACGAGAUAAUUGUCUUCCGCCAGCUUACCAAAGGCGAGGUCAAGCAGAUCGCUGACAUAAUGCUCAAGGAAGUCUUCCUCAGGAGCGAGGAGAAGGGCAUCAAGCUGGAGGUGACAGAGAGGUUCAAGGACAGGCUGGUGGACGAGGGGUUCAAUCCCGCAUAUGGCGCGAGGCCUCUCAGGCGCUCGAUCAUGAGGCUGCUCGAGGACUCGAUGGCAGAGAGGAUGCUGGCUGGUGACAUCAAGGAAGGCGACUCUGUGAUCAUGGACGUGGAUGCUGACGGGUCGAUCGCCGUGCUCAAUGGAGACAAGAAGAUGAUCGCCAACGUUUCGCAGACGACGUCUGGUAUCGCGUAA